UGCUCUAAAACCCUAAGAAGAACCCUCUUAAAAGUAAAACAGACACUCUCCGUCGCAGUUACAGCCCAAAAAGAAUGGGAAUACCGGCAUUCUACAGAUGGCUGGUGGAGAGGUACCCGCUCGCGGUGGCGACCGUCAUCGAAGACGAACCCCACCUUUUGGACACGACCGGACCGAACCCAAACGGCGUCGAAUUCGAUAACCUCUACCUCGACAUGAAUGGCAUCGUCCACCCCUGCUUUCACCCCGAGGGCCUGCCCCCUCCCAAGAGCUACGAAGACGUCUUCCUCGCCGUAUUCAACUACAUCGACCGCAUCUUCUCCAUCGUCAGGCCCCGCAAGCUUCUCUACCUCGCAAUCGAUGGUGUUGCACCGCGAGCUAAAAUGAAUCAGCAGCGGUCGAGGCGUUUUCGGGCUGCUAAGGAUGCAGCCGACGAAGUGACUUGUGAUCAUUCUCAGGCCAAUGGGAGUGAGUGCAAACUCGAAGCAGAAGAAGAAAGGUCAGCUUCUUUGGAGCAGUCGAAGAAGCUGGACUCAAAUGUAAUCACGCCUGGAACUGAAUUCAUGGUGUUGUUGUCAAUGGCUCUUCGUUAUUAUAUACAUUUGAGGAUGAAUAGGGAUGCCGGAUGGCGGGAAAUCAAGGUCAUUCUUUCUGAUGCCAAUGUACCUGGUGAGGGGGAGCAUAAGAUAAUGUCUUACAUUCGCUUGCAAAGGAAUCUUCCGGGAUAUGAUCCCAACACUAGGCAUUGUCUGUAUGGAUUGGAUGCUGAUCUUAUCAUGCUUGCACUAGCCACCCACGAAAUCCAUUGCUCUGUUCUGAGAGAGGAUGUGCGCGGAGCAUCCCCGAAUGAUAAAACUUUGAAACACGCAAAGGAUUCCUUAUCAAUAAAUCGACAGGAAGAAAGGGGGAAUUCAAAGCAAAUGGAAGUGGUUGGCAAGAAUCUAGAAGAUUAUGUCUCGAGGCAGAAAUUUCAGUUUCUCAACAUAUGGGUCCUUCGGGAGUAUUUAGCAUUUGACAUGAGAAUCCAAGGCUUGAAAUCGAAGGCAGACCUAGAGCGCCAGAUUGAUGAUUUUGUCUUCAUGUGCUUGUUUGUUGGAAAUGACUUUCUACCCCACAUUCCUUCUUUGGAAAUAUCGGAGGGGGCUAUUGAUCUGCUCAUGAUGGUUUAUAAAAAGGAAUUUGUUAACAUGGGCGGUUACCUAACUAAUUCUUUUGAGGUAAAUUUGGAACGUGUGGAGAAAUUUGUCCAUGCUGUGGGAUCUCACGAAUGUGCAAUCUUUAGAAGACGUAGCCAGGUUGGAAAGGAAAGAGAGUUCCGCCUUCGACGUUUUUCAAGUAAUAAGCAUGUCAGAUGUUCAAGUAACCUCAUGAGUCAAAAUCCACCAGAUUCCAGUGCUGUGGGGGUUCAAACACCAAGCCACUGUACAUCCAUUGGUGCAAAUGCAGUUGAAGACAAGAUUAAGCUUGGAGAAAUGGGUUGGAAGGAAAGAUUUUAUGCUGAAAAGUUUGAGGCUGAAAGUGAAGAUGAUCGCAAGAGAAUUCAGAGACAUGCGGUUUUUAAAUAUAUCGAAGGGAUAUGUUGGGUUAUGCGUUAUUACUACGAAGGAGUCUGCUCCUGGCAAUGGUUUUACCCUUAUCAUUAUGCUCCAUUUGCUUCUGACUUCCAUGGUAUUGAUCAAUUAAAAAUCGAAUUCACACUAGGGGAACCUUUCAAGCCUUUUGAUCAGUUGUUGAGUGUAUUGCCUGCUGCAAGUGCACAUGCUCUUCCUUUGUUUUACAGGAAACUGAUGACAGAUAUGUCGUCACCUUUAUUGGAUUUUUACCCAACUGAUUUUGAGCUUGAUAUGAAUGGAAAACGUUUUUCUUGGCAGGCUAUCUGUAAGUUGCCAUUUAUUGACGAGUCACGCCUUCUUUCAGAGAUUGCAAAUGUGGAGCACACGCUGACGGAUGAAGAAAGAUGCAGAAAUAGUUUCAGUCUGGAUGUACUAUAUGUUCACAUUUCACAUCCUUUAGCAGUGAAGAUACUUACUUUCUAUGAGGGAGAAGUUGGUCAUCCAAAUUUACCCAAUGCUAAAGUCGAGCAGAAAAUUAACCCGAAAUUCAGUGGUGGAAUGAAUGGGUAUAUGUACAUUUCUGGAGAACCUGUGCAGCCUGCAGAAGUCUAUUCACCAAUUGAGGACAUGGAGAUGAUUUUAAACAAUGAAGUAUUAUCUGUCUUCUUCAAAUGCCCAGCCUUCCAUUCUCACAUCCCCAGGAAAUCAAAAGCAGUGAGAUUCCCUCGUAAGUCUGUCAGGAAGCAGGACAUUUUACCUCCGCCUGUUUUGUGGCAUGAGAAGUCAGCUGUCCUUGGACGUAUAUUUUCUGAACGGUCCAUUCAUAAGUCAAUCUCAGGCCAUCGUCUAGCAAAAUUAGCUCAUGAACUUCUGUCUAAAUGUUAUAAUCUGAAGAGCCAAAUGCCAUGGGGAUCUAUGGAACCGGCUGACCACAUUGGUGCAGAUGGAUUGACAUCCCAGUCAAAUUUGGAAGAAACUGUUCAUGUGUGUGGGACUGGACGCAAUGAAAACUGCAUUGAUGGUAGCAUCCCAGAUAACCACGUUGGGGCAGAGAAGUGGGCAUGCCAUUUGAAUCUGGAAGAAAUGGUUUGUGCAAGUAGGACUGAAGGUGACAAAAACUGCUUUGAUGGCAAAGCUAAGAAGCGGAUAUGGAGCGGAUGUUAUGGCCAUUCCACUGUCAGUGUAGUUGAUGGAUCGGCAUGUUCUUCAAAUUUAGAGGAAACAGUAGCUGUGGGUGGGGCUGGAGUUGAUGAAAUUUGCAUUAAUAUCAAGUCGAGGAAACGAAGAAGAAAGGAGCGUAAAGUCAGACACACAUUGGAAAACCAUGUUGGUGCAGAGGAAUUGGCAUGCCCUUUGAAUUUGGGACCAACAGUUUGCGAGGUAGGGACUGAAGCUGAUAAGAAUUAUGUUGAUAAUGGAGUUCCAGAUAACCAUAUUGGUGAGACUGGAGCAAGUGGAUUGGCAUGUGUUAAUGGAAAAUCUAGGAAACAGAGAAAGAAACGGAAACAGAGUAACGCUAUAGUUGUUCCGGAUAACCAUGAAGGUGCAGAGGAUUUGGCAUUCCCUUCAAAUUUGCUGCCAACAGUUUGCGAGGUAGGAGUUAGAGCUGAUAAAAAUUGUGUUGAUAAUGGAGUCCCAGAGAAACACAUUGGUGAGACCGGAGCAAAUGGAUUGGCAUGUGCUAAUGGAGUCCAAGGUUAUAAUUUCGUUAAUGGCAAAUCUAGGAAACGGAAACGGAAACAGCGUAAUGUUAUAGUUGUUGCUGAUAACCAUGUAGGUGCAAAGGGUUUGACAAGGCCUUCCAAUUUGAUGCCGACUGUUUGUGAUGUAGCCACUGGAGCUGAUAAAAAUUGUGUUGAUAAUGGAGUCCCAGAGAAACAGGUUGGUGAGACAGGAGAAAAUGGAUUUGCAGGUGCUAAUGGAGUCCCAGAUAAAAAUUGUGUUGAUGGCAAAUUUAGGAGACAGAAAGGAAGCGAAGAUAGGGUUUCCGUGGAUAACCACAUAGGUGCGGAGGGAUUGGCUUGCACUUCAAAUUGGGGGCCAACAGUUGAUAGUGGAAGUGGAGUCCCGGAUAACCAUGUUGGUGAUACUGAAGCAAAUGGAUUGGCACUUGGUGUUGGAGUCCCAGAUCAAGGUUGUCUUAAUAGCAAAUCUAGGAAAAGGAGACGGAAACGGAAACAGGGAAAGUUGGCAUGCUCUUUGAAUUCAGGGCCAGUAAUUUGUGAGGUAGGGACUGAAGCUGAUAAAAGUUGUGCUCAUAAUGGAGUCCCAGAUAACAAUGUGGGUGAGACUGGAGCCAAUUUAUUGGCCUGCGGUUCAAAUUUGGAAGAAGUUUGCGUGAGUCAGACAGGUGGUGUGGAAAUACAUUCAUGAGAGUCUGGGAAAAUAGCAUUGGAAACGGAGCUAAGAUAAUAGUGAAAGCAAGAAAUAGGGAUUUUUUAUUUUAUUUUUUUUUAAUUCGUUGUUUGACAGUGAAAGAAAUAAGAAAGUUGAUGGCAAAGUAGAGACAGAAGAUCAUGUUUUUCGAGAGAAUGCAAGUGUAGAGGAGAGGAAAUAGCCAAAUCUUGUAUUAUAUAUAUGUUGGAGGUGUCGAGUACAAUUUUGCGGGUAAUUAUUUGUAUGAGAUAUAGCUAGUCGCCCGGCUUUAAGAAUCACAACAGUUUUGUGAAUGAGUAAUGUUAAAUAUUACAUUUUUAUUAGCCUUUAUUAUCCCAAUUGGAUGGAGUUGUAAUAUGUUGCAUUA